AUGGCGAAGGAUACGACUCGACAGACCGCCGGCCUCGAGGAGCGACCCCUUGAGGAGACGAUAGUUUCUGAGGAUCACGAAGGACACCACCAGCAGCACGUCGGGCCACGGAGAGGGCGCUGCAAAUGGUUCAACGUGGUCAAGGGCUGGGGCUUCAUCACGCCGGACGAUGGCGGCCAGGAAGUGUUCGUCCAUCAGAGCGUGAUCCAAAUGGGUGGCUUCCGGUCGCUGGGCGAAAACGAAGAGGUUGAGUUUGAGUCGAAGCUAACGCGGAAGGGCUACGAGGCGACGAGCGUGUACGGGCCGGCGCACGCCGAACCGCUCAAAGGCAGCGACUUCCGGCCGUACAGCAAGAAGCGCAAGUUCCGGAAAGUCAGGUGCUACAAUUGUGGGGAGUUCUCGAACCACAUUGCGUCGAAAUGUGCACUAGGCCCACUGCCGAAGCGAUGCCAUCAUUGCAAAAGCCCGGACCAUCUGAUAGCCGAUUGUCCCACGAAGCCGCCGACCUGA